AUGAACAUGGAAAUGAAACAACAUGAGUAUUUAUACGAAAGAAAUAACAGACAGAUAUCCAUUAAGAUGCUAGUAAAAGUACUUCUUAUAAGUGCACUUCUAGCAGUGCAGAAUGUCUUUGGGUUAUUGAGCAGACAAUGUGCAGAUAAUGUGCUAGAAAUAGUCUUAAGCAAAUAUAAAGGAAAUAGUUCAAUGACUAAGAUUAUUAAGUCUUUUCCCCCAUAUAUGCUAUAUAUAUCUGGAAGGACAGGGAUUCUUCAUAAUAAGCGGCUUACAUAUCCACACAUACGCAUAGAUUUCUCAGCACCAAAGACAAAAAAUAGUUCACAAAAAAUAGACAGAGCGAAUGACACAGUCAAAGAAAAGGACUCAGACGGAAAUGAAAUACCAAAGAGUACUGUAGAGUACUACAAUACACUAAUUAACAUGUUCCCUUCACCAGACGGAGAAAUAAGUAUUUAUUCUAAAGAAGGAUAUGAAGACUCCUUCACUUCUUUCUUAAAGAGUGAGAAUGUCCAGGAAUAUUCACAUAGAAUCCUUGCAGCACUUCUUCUACAGUCAGAAGGAAUUCAUGUUCCACUGGAAAUUAAAGAGAAUGGAAACAAAUACCCAGAACUUGUGUAUACUAAUCCAAGAAAACCGAAAGAAUCCUUCAGUCUUCCCAUAUGCACUACUAUAGAACAAGAAAGUACUAGUGAAGAAAGUCUAAAAAAGUUUGACAGUAGAGUAUUACAGACUAUUAAGUACUUCCUUAAUACGAAACCAAAACCAAAAAUUAAGAAGAAUAUAAUGGCGAAAGAAUCAAAGGAGAAAGAAAUGGCCUGGAGGCAUAAGUUUACUGAGACACCAGCAUGGCUAAUACAGUCUUACAUAUGUCACUACCUAGAAACAAAAGAAGAUGCAAUUGAAUUCUAUGAUGAAAUAGCUAAUCAAAUGAAGGUUUAUAUGGAAAAGUUCGCAGAGAAGGUGAAAAAUACUAUUUCAACGAAGUUAUUUAGACAAUCCUUUACAUGCGAAGAUGCACUGUCAGAGGAGAUUAAGUGGUGGAAUAAAGUAAACCAACUUAAAGAUAUGGUUGAAAAUAGUCAAGACAUUCAAGUGCUUCCCUUCGUGAAUAUUAGUCAGCUCCCUACUAAAGCAGCUACUAGAAUAAGUUUCCAUGAAAAUAUUCAGCUAAAAGAUGGAGUAAUUCCUAGUGAUAUAGAGUCUGUAGUACUCACUCUACUAUGCUGCUUUGGAUAUGACGAGAAGACAAAGAAGUAUAAUUUUGACCAUCUUCCAUGCCUGUUAGAAGAAGUGAAGGAUCUUUUUAGUAUGUCAUCCGUAAGCAAUCCAUCCAGUAGUCAUACGUCUUCUAUACAAGUAGGACAAGAAAUAUCACAGGAUAUUCUGGCUAGAUGGAGUGAAAUAAUUAGAAGCUUAGUGAAAGGGGAUAGAGAUAUAAGCUACACAACCAUAGAGGGUGGAUAUGUGAUUCAACCAGAUAUCUUCAAUAUUCUAAUAAUAAUGCUAAAUCUCACAGGAAUAGGUUGUAAUGCUUAUAAGAAAGAAAUAGAGAAAUAUAGGGGCAGACUGCAAGCCCAAAUAUUUGUGGGUGGUCAUCUCCUAAUGGGUUCAUUUGAAAUGGAAAUUGCAGGAUAUGCAAAGAAGAUAUUUUCUCAGAUGUCAAGAGAAUUCUUAGGCACUAAAAUUAUUAAAGAUUGGCAUGAACUAGUCUCUUAUGCAUCUUCUAAUGAUGAAAAUGGGAAAGAAAUGGGUGUAUUCUUUAAGAAUUAUGAUAUUCAGACAAUGAAUAAUACAAAGUAUUUUACUGGUGAUCUAGAGAUUCAUUAUGGAACAAAGAAUCAGGUACAAAGAAUAAUUAUUCGUUUUGUAUCACUUGAAAAAAUUCAGUUAGGAAUUAGUGCGUUUGAUGUAAGAUUAAACAGCCUGAUGAUUAGCAUGUUAAAGAACGAGAUAAUAGAUAUGCCAAAAAACAGUUAUAAUAUGUAUGCUCUUUUUAAAUAUGCAGAGAACCUACUAAGGUCAUCUAAUCCAGGUGAUUUUUAA